GUUGGCUAAGUGUGUUGAAGGCGUGGUCGUGCUCGGUGUUUGUAUAGAUUUUAAAGUGUUUUAAAACUAAAUUGGCACAUGAAAUUGCGACGAUGAUGCUAAAUUAGUCAUGAACGUCAAAGGAGUUACAGUGUUAAAAGCAGCGCCUCAGACUUAAACAGCAGUAAAUGGUACCGGUGCGGACACAAUGCCUACCAAGGUGAUUUCUUCCGAGUGAAUACCCUGCGGCUGCAAGGUCCUGGAAAACCUACUACAGCCCCUACAUGGGCUACGGCUCGUAUUCAAGAGCAGCCAGGCACAUCGCAGAGGCCUCGACGCUGGGUGUUUUGGUCUUCGCAUCAUCCAGUCGCCAAGAAACACAACCACGGGAAACCUUCGGCAAAGCAGCACAUGCCCAAAGAGAUACAGCCACAUCCCUUCCCGUUCGGAUAUCUACCAGAAAACCGAGAAACCAACGGUCCUUCAAAGUGCUCCCCGCCCGAAAACAGCCACGGUGUACUCUACAAUAUGACCAUCUUGACUUUCUUCAACCUCACUGCAUACAGCCCACUGAUGAAGGAAUAGUAGGCUCCUGUGUCGACGACAGCUGUGACACUCUGGCUGUCGAUGAGAACAUCGAGGCCACUAGUGCGUCGCCUGGCCUUGCAGUUGACAACACAUCAGUUGAUCUUCAUCGGUGCACCGUCACAUGCUGUACUUCUAGGCAUCCUUGACUGCGUCGCACAUUUCAGGAGGCAAGCCCUCAUGAAGCAAGGACACUACCGCCAACGAGUAACAUCAAAGCCUUCUUAUAAAACCUGCUUUGAAAUACAGCGCUUCACUUAGCAGCAGUGAGGGCAGCAAAAGCUUGUUCCUCACAUGCCUGUAUUUGUUUAUUGCCGUUGACAACACAUCGGUUGAUCUUCAUCGAUGCACUGUCACAUGCUGUACUUCUAUGCAUCAUGGACUGUGUCGCACAUUUUGGGAGGCAAGCUCUGACGAAGCAAGAACACUACCAUCGUCGAUGAACACCAGGGGAAGCCUUCCUAUAAAACCUGCUGCAUUGAAAUACCACGCUUCACUUGACGGCAGCAGCGAGGGCAGUGAAAGUUUGUUCCUCACAAGCCU